UUGACAACAAUGGCAUUAAACUGUAGUUAUCCUAAGAAGCCACCGUUUGUUGCAGUUUUCUCCUCAGAUAAAGCAGCAAAAUAUAAUUUCAAUGCGAUGAUGCAUAUGCUCAACCAUGGUUGUACAUUUUGAACAAAAGAUUCCACUUCCGAAAAUCUGUCUUUGUGCGAUUUUAAGGGACACAAGGAAUACAUAUUGCACAUACACACGUACGUGGAGUGAGGGGAUCGUGGCUCUGAAGAGAGAGCUGCUUGGUUUGCAGUUCAUUCCGUUUGUUUCGAAAUGUGGAUCCUUUCAACACUUCAGAGUAUAAUCUGAAUAACUACUUGUGCAGCAAAUGCAGAAAACAUUUAAAGCACAGUCAAAAGAAGAAAUAUCAUCUGAGGCACUGGAGUUAAUGCAUUCUUUGAAAAUGAUGUUUAGCUUUGCAGGUCAGUCAUUUAAGCAUCACCGGACAGAACGUAGAGUUGACAUAGUUAACGAGCAACAUCCUAAUUUGUGCGAGUCAGAGCGAGAAGUCCAUUACUUGGCUGCUUUUUGAAAGCUGGCUUUACUGUAAAACCCAGUGGUGUGCUGCACAGAACAGCUAUCCCACGAUACCUGUAAUUCAUUCCCUUCCUUACUCGCAAACGAAGGCAUGUCGUACAUGGAGCAAGCGAGUGUAGGAGGUAGGUGGCGGAGCACGUGAUCGAGUGGCUUUCCACUCUCGCUUGCAUCCUCGGACACCGCAGGAUCUGUUGUUAAAAUCAAACGUAGAACGUAACGAGAAGCAGGGAAACCCCAGCAGCGGCACACAGAGCGUAACGGGAAGCAAGGAACCCCCCAAAGCAGCGCGGUCCCCUAAUACUGCAUUGUGGCUUUAGGACCGUGGGCAGCUCCCAAAUACUGCAUUGUGGCUUUAGGACGGUGGACAGCCCCAAAGUCGCUCGUAUGCUGUCAUUCACUAGUUUCAUGUCCCGUUCUCCUCUUAGAUACUUGAUUGUCUGCUAGUGCUGCACUUACCGUACCAUUCUAUAAUCUGAAUACUUAAGGAACUGUCCAACAGAAUAUUUUAAUCUGCGUUCAGUUUAUCCUGCUGGAUUGGUAAUCACUCUGAGGAUACCAUAGCCUGAUGCUUUGUGGAAUGAGCUCGUGUGGAAGGAAGGCCUUGACCCUGCUGAGCAGUGUAUUUGCCGUUUGUGGUUUGGGAUUGCUAGGAAUUGCUGUCAGUACAGACUACUGGCUUUACCUAGAGGAAGGAAUCAUCUUACCACAGAAUCAGACAACAGAAAUAAAAAUGUCUCUGCAUUCUGGACUCUGGAGAGUGUGCUUCCUAGCAGGUCUGAAAAGAGAAGAAAGGGACACCAGUGAGAAAAGCACGGAUAGUGUGCAUCGUGGUGAGGAACAUGGGCGUUGCUUUACUAUAGAAUAUGUCAUGCCAAUGAAUGCCCAGAUCACAUCAGAAUCUACCAUCAAUGUCUUAAAAAUGAUUCGUUCAGCCACUCCUUUCCCUCUUGUCAGUCUCUUUUUCAUGUUCAUUGGAUUUGUAAUGAAUAAUAUCGGCCAUGUUCGACCACACAGAACUAUCCUCGCUUUUGUAUCUGGAAUCUUCUUCAUUCUUUCUGGUUUGUCUCUGGUUGUUGGGCUGGUGUUGUACAUUUCCAGCAUCAAUGAUGAGAUGUUGAACCGCACAAAAGACUCAGAGACGUACUUCAGCUAUAAAUAUGGAUGGUCCUUCGCAUUUGCUGCCAUAUCCUUUCUGUUAACUGAGAGUGCAGGUGUGAUGUCAGUUUAUCUUUUCAUGAAGAGAUACACAGCAGAAGAAAUAUACAGACCUCAUCCUGGCUUCUACCGCCCUCGGCUUAGCAACUGCUCUGACUAUUCUGGCCAAUUCUUACACCCAGAUGCCUGGGCUCGUGGUCGCAGCCCCUCGGAUAUCUCCAGUGACACUUCCUUGCAGAUGAACACCAAUUACCCAGCCUUGUUGAAGUGCCCGGAUUAUGAUCAGAUGUCAUCAUCUCCUUGUUGAAUAUGGUCACUUUAAUGCAUGGUGGAAAAUAACAACUAUAUCCAGAAUUUUAAAUGCAACAUAUAGUUUACAGUUCAUAGGACUGUAAUCUAAUGGAGAGCCAUACAGUAUGAUGUCUAUUAAAAAUGAUCAGUUUUAAUAAACAGUAUUGGUGUUUUUCAAAUGUAACAAACAGAUGUUAUUUGAAACACCACUAUUCUACAGCUUUAGAUUUAAGAGGUAAACCUUGUAUAUGAUGAAAUGCUUUCAGAAAUUAUUUCAUUCUGGUAGGAGUAUAAGCUCUGUGGUGACCUUUCAUUUAAAGCAGUAAAACAUAUUUAUUGUAAUAUGACAUUUGCAAGCAAAUGUCUUACAAAGGCAGUGCAUUAAAUUAAUAUGUAUAUAGUUAAUUAAAUGGAAAUACUAUCAUAUUGUGUGUAGCUAGUGUCUGGUAAAUUAGGAGAGAUGAAUGAAUGAAGAUUGUCCUUAGCAUUCCUAUCAGUUCUCAUGUAAAGCCUCUGACACUGCAAAUUCUUUCCUUAUGCAUUCAUUCUCUUUCUUGUGUUAUCUUACUAAAUUAUAAGUCAUGUACGCUUGAACUAAUUUUGAUUGUUAAACACUUCUGGUGUAAGAAAUGUUUACUUGCAGUACUCUGAUACUGAGCAUGAUGGAAUUUUAACUUGCAGCCAUUAUUUGAGGAUUACAUUAAAAUUAGGGCUCAUGGUUUUGAUUUCAUUGAUUAGUUCUAGGUUAAUUGCCUUUGUGGUCCAUUUUAAGCCUAGCCAAACCUGCUGUGUGAAAAAUCAAAAUCUGCACCUUGUGUUUGUAAGGAAAAAACCUUAACCAUUAUGCCAACAUCCUGUUUGUUAAAGAAAUUCCCUGCACUGUACUAUACUAUUUUAUGAUGGAACUCUUUGAAAUAUUUGUUUGCUAUCAUUUCUCUUAAAGUGCUAUACUGGUCAUUUAUGCAUAUUUCAGGCUAUUUCAAGAAGUUUUAAAACGCAUUACACUUACAUAAUGCAUUCUUCUAAGAAAAUUGUCAGACACAAUGAAAUACAUCUUACGUAUUAGGUCUGCUUGCUACAAUUUUUUGUAAAGCAUUUUAGAUAGAUUUUACAUUCUCAGCGGAGUAUGUAAGUCAUGCCCCUGCUGAGAAGACAUCAAGAGAAAACACAUUGCAAAACUGCCCCUGUAAAAAGUAUGUACUACAGAAAAUCAUUCUUGCCAUAGUUUUGAUUAAAAUAUGUUUGGAUUAUAGAAUGAAAUAUGAGUCAGAGUAUAGCUAAACAUGCUAAUUCACUGUUUGGAUGGACACUUUUAUACAAUUUGCUUUGUGUAAUUGCUAUCAUGAGCACAUUUUUUUGUAAAAGACUGAUACACACACAUUUAAUUGUCAUGGUAAUUUUAAUUUUGUUUAUUCUUUUUAAUUAUUUAAGACACCUGUAAAAAACAGCUGAAGGUAUCAUAUUCAUACUUAAUGUUUUGGAUUAGUGAACAAUCUGUUUUAGAUUGCAAGCCUAUAAAGAGAAUAGAUUUACAAUAUUAAUAUACUUAUCACCAUCACAGAUGAACAUUCAGCUGUUAUUUAAAACAUCACCAGCAUACAUCAGGUUCAUGAAAAUAUGUGUGACUUUAAAAAAAUAGAAAAGCAGUAUUAAAAAGCAUUCUUUUUGGGAAGUGGUGGGAAUUUGCCAGUGUUUGUUUAAAUUAAACAUCUACAUAUUUUUACAUUGUAAUGUCUUCUACAAUAGCAAUAUUAGAACCUCAUAUUAUUUGUUUAUUAAUUUGUAUGUAUGCUUUGUAUUUGCAUUAAUUCAUAAUAAAGAUAUAAUCCCAGGUCACUUUUUACUCAGCUCCUUGGGCUCAUGUUUAAGCAUG